AUGGCCAAGCUAGCUGGAAAAAAGUUUACUUGGGUGAUAAAGAAUUUUUCCUCUCUGAAACCUAAAACUUAUCGUUCUGAUACUCAUGAGAUUGGUACUACUGGCUACACCUGCUGCCUUGCAGCUGCUCGCAAUGCAGCUAAACAUGAGGGCUUGUCUGUGCAUAUUAUCUACUGUCCAACUUCGCAUACUGAAGUAAGAAGAUGUGUUAAGUAUAGCCUAACUAUAGUGAAUCAACUGUCGGAAGAGCUAUCCAUAUUUGGAGAAGGAACGCAAUGGUUUGAUCCAUUUGCAAUGGAGCAUGCUUCUGCAUCUGUGUUUUGCUUUCCACAGUUUCAUGACAAAGAUGGCGGAUUCCUAGUAAAUGAUGAAAUCAAGAUUGUUGCGGUGAUUGAGGUUCUUGAAGUUAGUAACAAAUCAGAUAUACAAGUGGAAACCGAGAAGACAAACAAGCCACUGAGAAAGAUAAAGGAAAAUGAUGGCGCAGCUUCUAUUGUUUUGUUGAAGGAAGAUUCAACAAUAAUGGAAAGCAUUGAUGUUAAUGGGUUUCAAGUUUUUCCUUCACAAGUAGAAUUUGUGAGGCGUAUAUUUGAAAAGCACCCUGACAUUGCAGAUGGGUUUCAUGCAAAGAACCAACGUCUAAGGACCACAUGCAUGAAUUUCCUUCUCAGCUUAAUUGAGACAAUGUGUCAAUCACUUCAAGAACUGUCUGAUGAAGAUCUUGUCGAAGCAGACAUUGCACUGACAUAUUUACAGAAUGCAGGAUUUAAGGUUGAUUGGUUGGAGAAGAAUCUGUUUCAAGUAAUUAGCAAGAAGGAGAAAGAGAUUUCCGGUUUGGCCAUGCUCCAAGAAACAGAAGAAAAUUUACUGGAACAGAAGCAAAAGUGUGCACAGCUGGAGGCUCUAGCCGAGGAGCAGAAGAAAGAGUUGUCAGCCACCAGAACUCCUCUGUCAUUCGAUGAUGUUGUUUAA